AUGACGCUUCCCAGGGUCCAGAGAGGUCUCCGCUUCAGUCUGGUGAUAUUUGUUGCUCUGAGCUCCGGGCAAGUCCCAGGGAGCCCUCUGGCCCACAGAGAGCUUCCAGUGACCCACUUCUCCGUCCGCUCCACCAUCAUGUCCCGCUACGCCCACACCCAGGUUGUGUCUGUCAUGACCAACCCACACUCAGAGGCCCAGGAAGCCAUCUUUGACCUGGAUCUACCCAGCCUGGCCUUCAUUUCCAACUUUACCAUGACCAUCAAUGGCAAAAUCUACAUAGCCGAAGUCAAAGAGAAGCACCAGGCUAAGAAAAUGUACGAGGAAGCCAGGAAACAAGGGCAGACCGCUGCCCACGUGGCCAGCCAAGACGAUGAGGUCAAGAAGUUCAAAAUUUCCACAAAUGUAGCUGUGGGUGGAGAGGUGACAUUUGCCUUGACCUAUGAGGAACUGCUCCCUCGCCUCCUGGGGAAGUACCAGCACGCCGUGAGCAUCAGACCCGGCCAAGUGGUGCCGAAUCUCAGUGUAGAAGUGACCGUAUCAGAGAGGACUGGCAUCGAAUACAUCCAUGUGCUGCCCCUCCGGACCAGCCACCUGCUGACCAACACUGUCAGAGGUGAGGCUGACUUGCCAGCAUCCACCAGGAUUGAAAAGGAGGAAACCUGUGCCCGGAUCACCUUCACACCAGCACCAAGCGAACAGGCUGCCUACUCCAGCCGGGGCAUCAUGGGGGACUUUGUGAUUCAAUAUGAUGUGGCUAUGAAGGACGUCAUUGGUGAUGUGCAGAUCUCCGAUGGCUAUUUUGUUCACUAUUUUGCCCCCAGAGGCCUACCCCGUAUGCAGAAAAACAUCAUCUUCGUUAUCGAUGUCAGUGGUUCUAUGACCGGAACGAAGCUGAAGCAGACUAAGAAGGCUAUGCAUGUGAUCCUGGGAGACCUGUGUCCAGAAGACUAUUUCAACAUUGUGACCUUCUCUGACACUGUCCACAUCUGGAAGACUGCCGGCUCUGUCCAGGCUACAUCCCCGAACAUACAAAGGGCCAAAGCCCACAUUGGCAGAAUGGAGGCAGGCAGAUGGACAGACAUGAACGCAGCUCUCCUGGCAGCAGCCUCCAUACUGAACCAGACUGGCGGCGCGGGGCCUUCAGGAGGGGCUCGCCUGGUCAUCUUCCUCACAGAUGGGGAACCCACAGCGGGCGUGACUUCACCCACCCACAUCCUCGCCAACGCCCAGAGGGCCCUGGCUGGCCAGGCGGCCCUGUUCGGCCUGGCUUUGGGAGACGAUGCCGACCUGCCCCUCCUCCGCCGCCUCUCAUUGGAGAACCGAGGCACGGCUCACCGCAUCCGAGAAGAUCAGGAUGCCGCUGUGCAACUCAAAGGCUUCUAUGACCGCAUCUCCUCCCCAUUGCUGUCUGACAUCCACCUCCACUACCAGGCCAGACAAGCUGGGAGGGCUGACCCAGCAGGGAGCCACUUCCCCAACUACUUUGGGGGCUCUGAGCUGGUGGUGGUGGGUCAGCUAGGUCACGGAGAGCCUGAGCUCUGUGUGCGUCUAGAGGCCCAGGGCCCACACAACCGCCUACUCACAGCAUCCCGGAUCGAGAAGGUUGCUAGUGGCAAGGAGCCGGCCUUUGGCUGCCCAUCCCACGGGGAGAUCAACCCGGGUCAAGGAUUCCUCCAGCGCCUUUGGGCCUACGUGAGCAUCCAGGGCUUGCUGGAGGCCCACCUCAGAGCCAACGACUCAGCCACCCGCAGACUGCUGACUGACAAGGCGCGCAAUCUCUCUCUGCACUUCCAUUUUGUGACGCCCCUGACUUCGCUUGUUGUGGUGCAGCCACGGGAAAGAGAAGGGCAGCAGGCCCCACAUCCAACCCUGACGGCCGUACUCCAGCCCACAGCCACCGGGAAGUUCCCAAGGCCUCCUGUUCAGCCCGGCCCCACCAAGCCCCUGCUCCACGGAGCCAAAUUCACCACCGCUUCACCAGGGCCCUCGUCUGUGUCCAAAGCGGGGCACCUGAGGCACCCUGUCCCCUAUAAAUCUAGCUCCCACUUUGCCCCCAGACCUGGCUCCCCAGAUCCCCCAAGUCUGACAUUCAGUCCCUACAAACCCACUUCCCCUUCCCCAACUAAAGCCCAAACUCUGUCCCAACAAAGCCCAAGCAUCCCAUCCCAGCGUCCUCCCCCCAAAGGGGAUCUGCCGGCCUCCCGUCGGCUAAGCUCCCCAUCACUCCCGAGACCUGCCACUCCAUCUUCACAAAAUGUCACAGCAAGUCCUGCUGGUUCAACAGCAUGGAAUCCCAGCCCCUUGCCUCCCCCUCAACCCAGAGCAGUGGCAGACCCCAAUCUCAGUGUCCCAGGCCAGUCUGGUCCUAACUCCCAGUCUUCCCUCAGAACUAGUUCCUUACUCCCCUCAAUCCCAAGCUCCCCACCUCCCUAUAACUCAAGCACACCCGAGAUCAUCCGUGUCCUCAUUCUCCCCGAGGAGCCGGGCCAACUUCUGGAAAGCCUGCCAGAUUCUGGAUUCUCCGAGUCCUUGAAGCCCCCAGCCAUCUACACUUUCCCCAAUAGCCGUGGCCAAGGCAGCAGACGUGGGAUUCAAGGCGAGCCUCCCAAGUCCCCAGUGGUUUUCACCUUCUCCUCUUCAGGUAAGGAAACUCGUUCAUUUGCUGUCUGUUGGCAGGGGGCCCAACAGAUGAAAGAACCCCCCCCCCGGCUUCCCCCACCACCUUCCUUGAUGGGCACGGGUAUCUCUGUGCCUUACAGUGGAUGGGGAUCCACAUUUGAGAUCCAGCUGCCAAACUCAGAGAGUAGAAUCUGUUUCACGGUGGAUGGAAGAGCAGGGGACACCCUUCAACUCAUCAGUGACCCUGAAGCAGGGCUGCAGGUCAGUGGCCACCUCCUCGGGGCACCUCCAAAGCCAGGCCACGAGCACCGGACUCGCACCUACUUUGACAGCAUUGUGGUGGCUGUGGGAAGACUUGAGGCCCCUUUUGUUAUCCAUGUGAGCCUCCACCAGGUCGGCCUCGAGAUGGAGGACCUGACCAAGAGAUUCAGCUGGGACCGGCCUCUUCUCACCUUGCAACCCAGGCCUGGCCUGGAGCUGAUUCUACAGCACAAGAGCAUCCUCACCAUCCGCCUCAGUCCACACCUCGAGUUCCUUAUCAGGAGGCAUCGGGACAGGCACCCCACAGCCCUGAGGCGCCCCCAUCUUGGUUUCUACAUAGUUAAUGGGCACGGCCUGAGCCACUUUGCUCGGGGCCUCCUAGGUCAGUUCCAGCACACCGAUCUCUUUGUGAAGCAAACCGUGAGCGGGGCCUGGCUAGAAGGGCCACGAGGCGCCACCGUGCCCCUGGCUCCUGCUGGCCUGGGCCAGGACUGGCUGUCAAGGAGCCUCUGCUGGAGGGUGAAGCCUCAGGAUGUGGAGAAGCUGCUGGGGAGUCCCUACUCGGCCUUUGUUCUAUGAGGCCGCCCUGCCCACAAGCCCCUCGGGCUCCGAGCUGCCCAUGGCCUGCAGACUCUCCUGCCCUUCUGCUUUCUCCUUCCUGCUCUUCUCCCUCUCCCC